AUGCCCGUGUCCAGGGGCACACCAGGAGGGAACAAGACCUAUUUCCCCUUCUUCUCGGACUUCAGGGGCUGCAAUGUGACGGCCCUGCGCAUCGGCGAGUCAUCCGCCCUGGCCUUCAUCUUCCUGCUGUCGUUGGCGGGAAACAUCUGGGGCAUCUGCCUGCUGGUGAGGCGGCACCGCCGGCUCUGCGCCGCCAACUGCCUCGUCCUCAACCUCUUCUGCGCCGACCUGCUCUUCAUCACCGCCAUGCCCUUCAUCGCCGUCGUGCGCUGGACCGAGUCCUGGGUGCUGGGCAACUUCAUUUGCCACCUGCUCUUCUACGUGGUGAGCCUGAGCGGCACCGUCAUCCUCCUCUCCCUGUCGGCCGUCAGCCUGGAGCGCGUCGUCAGCAUCGCCCGGCUGCGCCACGCCACCUUCCGCCGCCGCAAGGUGCUGGCCGCCGCCUUGCUCCUCAUCUGGGGCUUCGCCGCCCUCGCCACCCUCCCGCUCUGCUGCUUCUUCACCGUGGUGCGGCUGCCCGACCCCGCCGGCCAGGACAUUCAGAUUUGCACCCUGGAUUGGCCCAGCACUGCAGGAGAAACAGUCUGGGAUACAACCUUUGCCAUUGUUUUCUUUCUGAUACCAGGAUUCAUCAUUGUCAUCAGUUACUCCAAAAUCUUACAGUUGUUUUCUUCUCUUUUACUGCAGAUUACAAAAGCUUCAAGAAGAAGUUUAAAUGCUGGUUUAGCCUACCCAGAAUAUCAUCAGAUUCGUGUUUCCCAGCAAGACUACAAACUAUUCCGAGCCCUUUUUCUGUUGAUGAUCUCUUUCUUCAUUAUGUGGACUCCAAUAAUAGUAAUUAUUUUUUUAAUUUUAGUUCAGAACUUCAAAAAAGAUUUAAAUAUUUUGCCAUCAGUUUUCUUCUGGAUAGCAUUAUUCACUUUUGCCAACUCUGCUGUCAAUCCAAUUCUGUAUAAUGUUGCCCAUUUCAGACGUAAAUGUCAGGAAAUUCUUCUCUGUUGUACAGGGAACCCUGAAAGGCAUGGACCAGGUACAGACACCACUGCAAGAAGAAGUAACCACGAACAGCCACAUUUAUCCUUCAUUACCAGAUAAUAUUUAAAGUCUGAGCUGUGCCACACCUUGGAUUUUGUCUGUGCUUUCCCAGGUCAUAUAAGUCAUUAUGUUAUAGAAUUGCAUGCCAGAGGAGGAGGGGAAAAAAGCUAAAUAUGUAUUUUUAAUUCCUGCAGGUAAAAUUCUCUUCAUUGCUUUGCCUCAGUAAGAUUUGGACAAUUUAAUUUAAGGGAUUGAAGUCUCCUCUUACGCUCAAAUAAAUAGAAAUAUGGCAGUGAACUUGGUGAAUGUAAAAUCGCUGAAUUAAGUACUUUAAAGUUUCUAGUGAAAAUGUUCAUCCUCAGAAAGUAUCUGCUUUUUUUUAAUCCAGGAUUUAAAGGGAACUUGAUUAAACACUUCAAUAACUGUCUCCCUGAAUUUAAGUUUGAGCAGACUAACUGAAACCAGGUAAUGAACAUGUGUUAUCAUCAAGUAAAUGACCAGUUUGGUUCUGUCUGAAAUUAAAAAUACGGACUUAAUACAUGUGAAUUAACAAGUAAAGAAUAAAUAAAUAAAUGGUUAAUAAAUUGUCAUGUGUAAAACAGUUCUUUUAAAAAGAUGCAUAUUUUUUAUGUCUUCACUAGUCAUAUAAUAAAGUUCAUUAGUGAUAUAUAGGGUCACUGAAAUUCCUUUCUCUUUUCUAAAUGAUUUCUAGUAUUUUGUAGGGAAAAUAUAAUGUUCUAGUUGAAAAGAAAAUGCAUAUACUUGGAGGUUUAUGUUAAAUACUCUUUUAGUCAGAAAUUGAUACCACUAAAAAAAGCAAGAUUAAAAUCUUAAUUAU